GAGGACAGCGGGUGACCCAGGGUGGGGACAGCACGGCGGGGUGGCUGGCAGCCACCUGCCUCCCCUUGGGCUCCCCAGCCGGGGCCGGCAUCACUCCGGAGCCCUCUGUGCUUCGUUAGCCAUCGUCAGGGCGGCGUGCUCCCGGCCGGCUUGGGGGUGGGGGGACGGCACAGGAAAGGAGGCCCCUUGGGAAGCGGCUUGUUGCUUCCUCGUGCUGGGUCGCGGCAGGAUCCGGGCCAGUGUUCCCAGCUCCCGGCGUCACACCCUCUCCCAGCUGUUGCUCGCCGAGCAUCGUGCUGCCAAGAAAACCCCGGCGAUGGAUGCUGCCGCCACUCCUUCCCCCUCCCUUCGCCCUUAAAGCCGGCGGGGAGCGGGGCUGUGCCUGCGCCUGAUCCUGCCGUGCUGGGCUCGGCGGGGGGAUGAGAGCCCGCUCGCUCCCCUUCAGCCUUCGGCACUGCUUCUUCCUCGCCGGGCACAGGGUGGCCCUGGCACCCCGACCUCAUCCUCCCCGGCGCGGAGCAGCGGGAGAGCGUGGCACCGCAUGAGGUACUCGGAAAGGUCACUGGAAGGCUCGAGCUCCAUCCCGUCCCUAGAUCUGCGCAGAGGGAGCUGCCGUUGUGCCCCGGGACGCUGAACCGCCGCCUCUCCCCGCGUCCCGCCGGGCGUCCGGCCGCACCGGGAGCACGGCGCCGCCCGGGAGAGGAGAGGUGAGAGGCUGCAACACCCGUUUCACCGGGGCUGGCAUCAGUGGGGCGCCUGGUCCACCGCCUGACGGAUUUUCAGCCCGACUUGCUGGGUGCUCGGGAGAAAAAAAAAAAGAGUAGAGACACGCAGAGAAACACCACCAGCUGGAGAGCCCGGGACUGACCAGGCUGUAGUUUGUUCACAGAUAAUGGCACUUUCCAAUUUGUCCAAUUACUUGGAUGAUAUGGAUAACUACAGUGACUACCCAGAUUACACCUAUGAGGAGACCGGCAGCAUGUGGACAGACCCGUCCCACGACCCGAAGGACGUUGCGAGGAUCCUCUCCGUCGUCAUCUACACUGUGUCCUGCGUGUUGGGCAUCCUGGGGAAUGGCCUCGUCAUUGCAAUCAUAACCCUGAAGAUGAAGAAGUCGGUCAAUGCCAUCUGGUUCCUCAACCUGGCCGUUGCCGACUUCCUCUUCAACAUCUUCCUGCCCAUAAACAUUGCUUACACGGCCAUGCGGUACAACUGGAUCUUUGGGACAGUCAUGUGCAAGUUGAACUCUUUCCUCCUGAUCCUCAACAUGUACACCAGUGUCCUUCUGCUCACCACCAUCAGCUUUGAUCGCUAUGUGUCAGUGGUUUUUCCUGUCUGGUCUCAAAACCAUCGGUCGACCAACCUAGCAUAUUUAGUUUGCUUGAUUAUCUGGACCAUCGGCAUCAUUAUGAGCUGCCCAUCUCUUGUCUUCCGAGACACGGCACAAGCCCGCAACUCUGUGAUUUGUUUUAGCAACUUUUCCCUCUCCAGGAAUAAGUCUUACCAAGCCCUGGCACUAAUGAGGCACCGAACAGUGAACAUCACCAGGUUCCUUGCUGGGUACGUCCUUCCCAUAACCAUCAUCACUUUCUGCUACAUUGCCAUCGUCUUCAACUUGCGUCGAAACCGCCUUGCCAAGUCCAAAAAGCCCUUCAAGAUCAUUGUCAGCAUUAUAGUCACCUUUUUCCUUUGCUGGAGUCCCUACCACCUUCUGAACCUCCUGGAAACAAAGCCCGACAUGAUCCCACGCUCUGUGUUUGAGAUCAGCAUCCCCAUAACCACAGCGCUCGCUGCCUCCAACAGCUGCAUGAACCCCGUCCUCUACGUCUUCAUGGGCCAGGACUUUAAGAAGUUUAAGGUGACCAUCCUUUCCAGAUUGGUGAACGCCCUCAGUGAGGAGACGGGCCACUCCAGCAUAGUUCACAGGAGCUUCUCCAAGAUGUCUUCAAUGACUGAGAAGGAGACGACAGUCCUCUAAACUCAACCUGGAUGCCUGCAGGAGGGCCAUAGUCCUCCACUGUUGCCCAUGCCCACUGCUUUGAUGGUGGCAACCCCUGCAGUGCCCCUUGGUGUGGGACAAGCAUGGUCCAACGCUGUCCUAUAGCAUAUUCUUUGACUGGUCUUGCUGGCUGGGGGCUGGCAGGUGUUGGAGACCACCGCUCUGUGCCCGUGGAGAAGAUACAACUGCCCUUAAUCUGUCUUUAUGAUUGCCAAGAUGGUUGCACCAAACUAUUUAAGAAAACAUUUCAGGGCAUUCCUGUCCAAUCUAUGCAUUGCCUGGCCUGGCAAGGCCCUUCCUGCUGUUUCCAGAGACAUCUUUAUGGGGAGACUGGGCAGAGGACUCGUCUGGGAAGGCACCUCCACUGCCAGGCUCCCGAGAUGGGUGGCUGGGUGGGCACUCAUCGUGGAAGAUACCUGCUACAGCAAAACUGGUGACACUCUUCCUAUGUCCUAUGUACGCAUAUAGUACUCAUGUUAAAGUCCUAAAGUAUAUUGGUACUAGCACAAUAUGUUCUUAACUGUUUUGUGAGCACUUUGCACCCAGAGAGGCCCUGGCAAGUGUCUUCAUAAGAGGGGUGUGAAUAGCCCAGCCUUGAUGAACUGGGAAAUCUUGCAUGUCUUCUAAGUGAUCCAGACCCAGGGCCACCUGCCGGAGUGGGGAAUUGGGCUCGCGCACAAGGUCGCUGACAUGGAAAACUGGGCGAAGGAAAAAAAAGAGGGAAAAAUUCAUUUGAGGCAUCUUUUGAACAAGCCCUGCUUUGAUGGGCGUGUUUCACACGGUACAUUUUGGAGAUCGGUUUGAUGCUUGGGACCGUGAGUACCGGAGGGUCCUUGCAAAGUGCCCGGGUGGCACCAGGGAGCAGGUCCAUGGGCUGGAGGGUACAGUCCUGGGGGAGGGCCUGCUGUGCCCUCCUGGAUCCAGGUGGACCCAGAGACUGGCUACACUGAUGGCUGCUCCCUGGUGUGGUCAGUCGGUCAUAUGGGAAGAUUUUCCCUCUUCCUGACCAGCAAGCCCAUCGCCAGUGGGAGACUCUGCUGCCGCACACAAAUCUCUGAGGUGAAGGAUGGGGCGAGCCACCAUCUCUGUCCAAUUUCAUGCACAGUUAAUUUGGGAGAUCCGUCACCAUUUGGGCUUCUUGACUGUGACGCCGGUGUCACACUUAUUUAUGUGUUGGUUUGUCCGUGUCACCCACAGCCUCUCGCUCCCAGGGAAGUGAGGAAUGACCGAGUCCUCCACCUGCGCCGGGUGCCGGAGCAGAGCCGAUCCCUGGAGCUGGGUUUGGGCGGUCCCCAGUGGCACCAGGGACAUUUCAGGGGGUCCCUGGGGACCUCAGCCCAUGCGAUGCUGGGGGGAGCUUCGUGCAGGGGCCGGCACACUGUGAACUGAGAGUCUGCUCACAGGUGCCCGCAAAGGCUGAGAUAUUUAUUUAUAGCUUUUUUAAAAAAAUAAAAGAUGGUGAAAAAAAGUGAAGAGGCAGCUCCUAGGAAAAGGUACGGAGCUAUUUACAGGCUCGCAACAGCAGAUCCUGCCAGACACAGAUAUAAACCGAAUCACAAAGCCCCGGUAAUUGAGCUGCAGCCCUGAGCUGCGGGAAUGCCGUGGAUAAUAGCGGACGCUGUGGCGGGAGCUGGAUUUCAGGCGGAUUAUCGGGCGUCCCCUCCGCCCCCAGCACUGCCUCGCGGAUCCACCUUGAUCUGCAUAACCUCGUUAGCGUCGGCAUGAUGGGGAGAGAGGGGGAGCACCCCGCGAAGCUGUCGGGGUGCUCCUCUCCCAUCACACAGGUGCAGAGGGACGUUGUAGCAUCCCUGCCCGCAGCAUCCCUGCCCAGCCCUGCCAGCCCCCGGUGCUGCCCGCAUCGCCCCUGGGAUGAGGCUGCCGAUGGAUCCGGUGGGUUUGGCUGCAGUUUUGGUGCUGCCGGAUGGUGUUUGCUGGGGCGUUUUUGUCCCCCACACCGGGGCAUGGAGGUGCCCGUCCUCACCAGUGUUGCGGGGGAUGCUGCAGAUCCGGUCUGCUAAAAGUGGGGUGCAGAGGGGUGGGGGAUUUAUCCUGAAAAUAAAGGCUGUCCAGCCUGAGGGGCACGCAGCGGCGGGAUGGGGAUUAUAAGGCAAAUUAAUGGCAGAUUGGUGACUGCCACCUGUUGGGUGCUGCUCUCAAUAACACGGGGCGGCUGCAGGGCACCCGGCACCCAGCAGCAGGCAUCCCCCCCGGGGGCUGGGAACCGGCAGGCUGAGCAGUGCCAGAUGCUUCCCCGGGGAGCGAUGCCCCGUCCCUGGGCCGCACGACAAGCCAUGGCUGCUCCCAGUGCCGAGCCACCUUCCGGGACCGUCCGUGUGGGGUUUUUCCCCCAAAACCUGUGCACGGUCCGUAGCCUUGGAAGAUGCUGUGAGCGAGGAGGCUGCAGGGGAGGAGGCUGCAGGGGAGGAAGGCUUUGGUGGCUCCCCUUGCUCACGUUACACUUAUUUAAUUACCUGCUGAGAGGUCGCAGGUCUCCUAUUAGUCGGACAGGACAGACGGGACGCACAGGGCAGAUGGAGAGAGGAGGGAGGGGGACACACAGAGGAGGAGCCCAGGACCCGCUUAGGGGACAGGGGGGACAGGGAGCACCCCGGAGCCAGCAGCCUGAUGCUUUUUGGGCUCGGGGUUCGGGGCAGCCGAAGAGCUGGGGCAGGAACAGCCAAUGCAUCUGGGCUCGCUUUUCCCUGCACCAGGAUGGGUUUGGGGACAGCGUGGGACGGGGGGGAGCUGGGCAGCCCUUAUGCCCCCAGGACCUAGUGCCAUUGCCCCUCGCUCCGGCAAUGUGAUGCUCCCAGGCCGCGCUGGAGUGGGGAUGCUCCUCGCUAAUUUUCCUGGCUGGAUUUUGCAAGCCCGUCUAUUAUUAAGCCGCAAACGGCUUUCCAAAAAAAAAAAAAAAAAAAAAAAAAGCGAUGACUUGGUACAUAACCUUGGGUUAAAUCAUCAUUAUAAUGACAGCUUGGGAAACCUAAUAUUUGAGUUCAUCUUUGUAGCUGUGUUUGCCUAUUUAAUAAAAAUACCUGUUUUACAUACAAA